UAUAAAGCUGGGCUGUGUGGGCACCAAGCUCAGCGUAUGACACCAUGUGGAGGAGAUCAGGCGCCGCGCUGCUGCUGCUGCUGUCUGUACAGGUCCAAGCCCAGGCUGGCAUGGACGACUGUCCCAAUGACUGGGAGCAGUUCAACAACUUCUGCUACAAAUUUGUCAAAAACGCCAUGACGUGGAUUGAUGCCGAGGUCUUUUGCAUGGAACAGCGUGGGAGAGGCUCCCAUCUGGUGUCUGUGCACAGUGACGAAGAGAACGCGUUCCUCACAAACUUCAUCAAGAAGAAGGAUGGAGGGGCCACCUUAUCCUGGAUGGGGGGCACCGACUGCUAUAAGGAGGGCACGUGGCUUUGGAACGAUGGCACCUCCUGGAAUUACGUCAAGUGGAAUUUGGGCGAACCCAACAAUUUCUUAAUUGAAAACUGCGUGCUGAUCAAUUACAUGGUUCCCGGUGGUUGGAAUGACAUGUCCUGCAACAACAAGAACAGCUUCGUGUGCAAAGCCAGCCGCGUGCUGUGAGCCGGAGACCCUCGAAAGAUAAGGCCACCCGCCUGUGCCUGUUGCGCCAGGCUGGAGUUUCGUAGUCGGAGAAGAAUAAUAAAGAAUAUGAAUUUAGAGUCG